ACGCAUUAUGAUCCUGGAGAUGGUUCGUUAGAAAUAGAUUAUCGUCAGUUAGAAGAGAAGGUAUUCAAAUCCACAGUUGAUAAAAUCCUUGAGUGCGUUAAGUCUGCUUUUGAUGAGCUAACAGAUCAUAUUGAUACAGUUUAUCUAGUAGGAGGGUUUGGAGGGUGUAGGUUUGUUAGGCAAAGGAUAGAAGAAGCUAUUGCUGAGCAUUGUGGCAUGCUUUAUGAUAAUAUAGUGUGUCCAAUACAACCAGAUCUUGCUGUUGUAACAGGAGCAGUAAUGUGGAGGAAAGAUCCUAACAUAAUCCAAUCACGUACUGCUGAUGCUACCUAUGGGACAGUUAUUAAUGCUGUAUUUGACCCAGCAAUACAUGAUGAACAUUACAAGCGUGUAGAUGAAGAUGGUUUAUAUUUCAGUGGCAAAGUCUUUAAAGUAUUUGUACUCAAAGGAGAAGAAAUAAAGGAUGAAGUAUAUAAAACUACACUAAUACCUUCUUCUCAAAAAAGCACACAAAUAACUAUUCCUAUAUACUGUACAGUAAAUGAUGGAGUUCAGUAUGUCAGAGAUAAAGAAGGUAAACCAACAGUAUGUGAGAUUGGCAAGCUAAUACUCAAUAUUCCUAAUCCUGAUAAUGUACCAAGAAAAGAGAGAAAAUAUGACAUAUUAAUGGAUUUCAGUGGUACAGAGAUACAAGCAAGAGCUCAGUAUAGUAUCACUGGAGAAGAAGUGAAAACAGUUUGUGACUUUCUAUCAAAACAAGACUAA